AUGUCAACUCAGGACAGUGACGAAGAUAUAUCAAAUUAUGAUGACCAAUCCUUCAUGCAAGAAGAGUCUAAUUCAGGACGACAUUCAUCUAACUCGAACAAAGUAGGUCGACCAUCAAAUUCUCAAGGCGGCCGUAGGUCUUCAACAUCUAGUAACAAUGGCGGUGGUAGGAGGUCCUCAACAUCUAGCAAUAAUGGCAGUGGCGGAAGAUCUUCCAACUCAGGCCAGAAUUCAAACUCUAACUCAGGCCAAAAUUCAAACUCAGGUCAAAACUCUAACUCCACUUCAAACUCUAACUCGGGCCAGAAUUCUUCUAAUUCUCACAGAGUAGGCAGACCACCAAAUUCUCAAAGCGGCCGUAGGUCUUCAACAUCUAGUAACAAUGGCGGAGGUAGAAGAUCAUCCAACUCAGGAGAAGGAAACGAGCAAUCCAGCAACUCACAAAAUAGCGGCAGAGGAACAUCUCUAAGCAAUCAAUCACGAAGACGAUCAUCAACUUCGAGCAACAGCGGACGAAGAUCAUCUACGUCUAGCAAUGGACGUAGAACUUCUAAUUCGGGCAAUAGAUCAUCCACAUCCGUAGCUCACUCUGGCAGACGUACCUCCUCUUCUAGUAACAAUGGACGAAGAUCCUCAACAUCUAGCAACAAUAGCAGUGGUAGAAGAUCAUCCAAUUCUAACAACAGGAAUAAUCAAACAAAAAAUUUUAAUUUCAAUGAAAGACAACAAUUAAGUGAUCAAGACUUAGAAUUCAUUCAAGAAGCUAUCGCAAAAGGAAAAGGAGAAAUGGCAAGAAUAACUAACCAUCAAUCAGAAAGCGACGAAAUUCACGACCUGAGAUAA